ACGUGCGAGAGAAAUGUCAAUCGUGAAUAUUCGCCAAGUUAAAUUUGAAGGCGUAAUCUUUCCAUUCUUUAAUAUUAAAUUACGACUGAUUACCGUUUGGUUAAAGUAUUGUAAAUGAAUAAUAAGGUGGUAUUAGGGUUAGUGUUGUUGGUGUCCCUACAGAUAGUUAGUUCUCGCGCACAAUCUUACGAGGACAAACGAUGUAAGUGCAUAUGCCCCAGUAUUAAAUCGGUCAACAACAACACCGAGGAUGACUCGGAUCGGAUGCUAAUCAUUGACAAUGUGCCCCCGAAUAAAUGCAACUGUGAUGGAGUCAUUCUGCCGAGGAUCGCUGAUAAAAUCAAGGGCAAAGAGCAGGAAUUUUGUCCACGAUGCGACUGCAAAUACGAGAAUCGAAAUACCACGAUAAUCAAAGUGGUCGUUAUCAUAGUCAUAUGGAUCAUUUCGCUUCUGGUGAUCUACAUGCUGUUCCUGAUGUGUUUGGAUCCACUGCUGAACAAACGCGCGAAGGCGAAUUACCAGGAGCACACUAAUGAAGAAGAUGACACUUCGGUUGCUGUAGGUAAUCACAGUCAAGACAUGCAGGUUCGGGAUGGAAAUGUCCUCAACCGAGUCGGACACUCCCAGGACAAAUGGAAGCGGCAGGUACGGGAGCAGCGUCGCAAUAUCUACGAUCGGCACACCAUGCUCAACUGAAAAAUAUUCGUUGGAGUUUAGAGUCAUUUGGAAGGAGCAUCACCCAUAAUCUAAUUUAAACCAAUUAUGUAUCAUAUUAUUGUGAUUGCAGUGAUUGUAAGAAAUGCAAAGACUUUGGCUAAAUUAAAAUAAAUCCAUUCAAUAUAGAA